AUGCUCUCCGUGUUUCCCCCCCACUGUAUCCCUGUGCUCGCCAUGCCCUCUCACCUCACACACAGGGACAUGUCAGGCAACCUCCUCACGGGGUCCAUUCCAGCCUUCAUCUCGCAACUCACCUCACUCACUCUGCUCGACCUCUCUUCCAACCAGCUCACUGGCACCGUGCCGCCAGCUAUCAGCAACCCCACUGACUUCCUCAGCAUCAACCUGGCGCACAACCUGCUGCAGGGCUCCCUUCCCCGGGCUCUUUCGCGCCUCUCCUCCCUCACCUACCUCAACGUGUCGUCCAAUCGGCUGUCAGGAGACAUCACACCGGCCCUCUCUCCUCUGAGCUCCCUCGAGAUUGUUGACCUCUCAGUCAACGCAUAUCAUGGCUCUGUUCCACCCCUCUUUGGUCGCAUGCCCAAUAUGACUCACCUGAACAUGGCGAUCAACCUACUCUCCGGAUUGCUGCCUCCUGCCAUUUUCAACCUGCGCCAGCUCUCCCACCUGUCAGUCAACUCUCCCACCUGUCAGUCAACUCUCCCACCUGUCAGUCAACUCUCCCACCUGUCAGUCAACUCUCCCACCUGUCAGUCAACUCUCCCACCUGUCAGUCAACUCUCCCACCUGUCAGUCAACUCUCCCACCUGUCAGUCAACUCUCCCACCUGUCAGUCAACUCUCCCACCUGUCAGUCAACUCUCCCACCUGUCAGUCAACUCUCCCACCUGUCAGUCAACUCUCCCACCUGUCAGUCAACUCUCCCACCUGCCCUCUGCCCAACGCUGCUGCCAGUCCAGCUCUCAUCCUCGACCUCUCGUUCAACGCGCUCUCAGGGUCGCUGGAGAGGCGUCAUAUCAAUCUCAAUCGUCUGGCCAUGCUGGCGGUGCACCACAACCAGCUGUCAGGCCCCAUCCCCGAGUACCUCUGCCAAUCCGUGCUGCAGAUCAUGCUCUUAAGCAGCAACGCCUUCUGGGGGGCCCUCCCUCAGUGCCUGCCCUUCAUCUCCUCCGUCCAACUCAUUGACGUCAGCAACAAUCUGAUCUUCAUGGACGCCGCAACCUUCCAAAACAUGCCGCCCAUCAGCCUGAAUCUCAGCAGCAAUUACCUCUACGGCUCCCUCUCCCCCUCCCCCAACAUCACCCUCUCCUCCUCCUCCUCCUCCUCCUCCUCGCCCCCAAUCCCCUCUCUCGUCCUCCCAGCGACCCCCCAAUCCCAGUCCCUCCCAGCCCAGGAUGCAACGAACCCUCAGUGCGUGUGUGUGGCGCAAGGGGAGCAGCAGGGGGGAACUGGAGCAGGAGGGGAGGGCGGAGGGAAUAGCAGCACCUCAGUGGCAUGGCUAGCUUUAGAUGGGAACUGUGUGGGGAGCCAGGGCGUGGGACAGCAGCGGGGGGCGGGAGAGUGUGCGGCGGUGUGUGGGAUAGAGUCAGGGCAGGGGCCCUGUGGGGGUGCGGGAGCGGGGCAGUGUGUGGUGCAGAGCGGUUGGCCGCCGUCCCUCUCCUGCUCCUGCGCCAGUGGCUACGUUGCUGUCACUGCUGCCGGCACCGCCAACACCACCACUUGCGAGCUGGCACCCGCUUCCGUGGCCUCGCUGUCCACGGGUGCCAUAGUGGGCAUCGUUCUGGGCUGCUUUGCUGGCUUCACGCUGCUGGCUGCUAUGCUCGCAUGGCUGCUGUGGCCCCGCGGACCAAGUGAGAGCCCCUCCACCCUUCUUCAGCUCCUUUCCGUCUCCCCUAGUGCUUUACCUCUUUCCUAG